AUGGUGCGACUAGCAAUAAUAGUGUGUCUCGUGUCGCGUGUGAUCUACGGCGAACACACAGUUCAACGCGAUACAUAUUCCGAACACGUCUAUAGGAAAUUAAGACCAAAUAUGCCGACGCUACAUGGUGAAUAUACUUACAAGCUGUACGAUAAACCACGGACGUACUCUGCCAUCGGACUGCCACCGUACGACCCACGCAUUGUAAAGGCACAAUAUGAUACGAGAACUUUAGAGAAAAUGAGAAACGAAUCGCCGACAGUAUACGAAGACUUCAUCCCACCUCAAACAACACCUUCAACUAUUCAACAUAAAAUUGACUAUGAGAUAGCAAAAGCUACAGCCGAUUCUAAAUAUAGUGCUUCAAAACAAUUGUCGGACGACACACUUGAGAAACUGAAGUCAAUUAUGCAAUAUCACCCACCUACGGAGAUUUCAAGGGACACCGUGACAGAUUAUUCCAGCAGUGAAUAUAGUAUGGAUGAUGAUGAUGUCCGGAGCAGUUCCCGAAGUUUGUAUGAUAAUUGGCCAUAUUUUUAUCAAAACCCGUAUGAAUAUGAACCCCCAAAGGACGUACGUAAUUCAGAAAAAGCGAAAGACAAACGUUACGUUAUGGAUGGAUUUGACAGUAUAAUUCCUGUGCAGGAAAUUAUUGAAAACGAUAUCCCACCACAAACAUACGAACUGACACCGAGAUACUAUCACCAAGUGACAGACAACCCAAUAGUAGGAGAUGAACCAUUCUUUUCAUUUAUACUCAAUGAUUAUUUUGAAAAAAAUAAUGUCGAGGACCCUGUUAUAUUCAAAGGUUUAGAUUUUGGUCGAGACUUUGAUCACGAUACUUAUUUACCUGACGUUGAAGAAGCUAGAAGGAGUCGUCGAAUAGAUAACAGUUAUUUUACAACGGUUAGUCCAGUGCCAUCACACUAUGACCUUUCUAACACAGUCUCGCUAGCAGAAUCAGUAACUGAACAAAACCAUAACAGAAAUCAUGAGUUCGAUACACGAAAAAAUGGCGUAACUACAAAUGAUCAAAAUAAAGCUGCGUUUGCAAAUCAAGCAACAGAAUACAAUGGUUUUAAGGAUUUUCUUGACAGUUUUGCGCAAAAAUUCGGAUCGGAGAACCACAAGAGAAAUUCAAAUUAUAUUCAUGAAACUAAUAAGGACAAAGGUGAAAAUAAGAAAGGUUUUCGCAGGAUUUAUCAUAAAGAUGAAUAUAUGGAAGACAAAGAAUUUUAUGAUAAUAACAAUAGCAGUACGCGAGGGGUGGAUAAAGCUAGUUCAAACGCACAUGUUGGUGGAUCUGAAGCCUAUCUGCGAUCUCAAGCCGCGGCAGCUACAGGGAAUCGAUCACACACUGCAAGCAACGCAGGCAAAGCAAAUAACGCUACAUUCAACAAUAGUUACAAUGGACAUGACAUAUCAAAUACGUCAGAUAGCAAGUUUGAUAAGUACAUUGACGUCGCGAAACAGGCGGCCCAGAGCAAUGACGCAGAUUAUGCAGACCAUUACAGAAUAUGACUAGACGAGAAGCGUCUGAGCGACAUUUUGGCAGAAAACGAAGAACCAUAGCGAAAAACCAAGAUAGACAUUCUGUUACCGUGACUAUUAAGUGAAGUGUUCGGUACAGUGGUAGCUAGGU